AACUUUGCCGCCUUCGCCCCGCGUGGCGCUCGUUAUUGGAGAAAAGCGCGCAGGUGGACACAGUUGAAAAAACGCGACAGCCAAUCAGAUCGCCUCCUCGCGCUUUGGCCAAUGACGGGCGCCACAUUGUUGUCAAAUUAGUGUAAUGAAAGCGCAGGAGCAACAAUAGAGAGAGAGAGUGAGGGAGGGAGUGUGUAUCCACUGCAAUCUCUCCUUGAGUUAGUUAUAGUGUCUCACACUGAGGCCAAAGCUACACCUCUCUUACCUGCAGCUCGAGCUCGUCCCAACUUUUUUAUUUUUUAUUCUCUGUUUUUUCUCGUCUGCAGUCGCGUUUUGAUCCGUCUUCUCCUUUCAGCUCCAGGCGUCGAUUAGGUAAGCGAUGGACUGAAGCGCAUACAACAAGUUGAAGAUUGAUUACAGAGAAGGACUUUUAACGCGAAUCUGAUUGGAUGCCCAUGUAGUAUUGUGUAUUUACAUCACUUCUCCGAACUUUAUCCUACAGUCUAAGUCCAUUUAGCUUCUUUAGUCAGCGCUCUUUUUAAAACCUCGCACAAGUGACCGCUCUAUAAGGCCAGGUAGUCCUCAUCAUGGAUCUUCGCCCGGAGAUCCCUUCAGGCCAGGCUGGCUCGCAGGUCCACCCUUCAGCCGCCGCCGCUGCCGCAGCAGCAGCCGCCGCGGCCGCCUCCUCCAUCCCCGUGUCAAUGGCCAGUGGGCUACUUCGCGGGCCACCGCUGCUCCUACGCGCCGCUGAGAAGUACCCACGCACGCCCAAGUGCGCGCGCUGCCGCAACCAUGGCGUCGUGUCGGCGCUCAAGGGCCACAAGCGCUACUGCCGCUGGAAAGACUGCAUGUGCGCCAAGUGCACGCUCAUCGCCGAGCGCCAGCGUGUCAUGGCCGCACAGGUGGCACUGCGAAGACAGCAGGCCCAGGAGGAGAACGAAGCGCGUGAGCUGCAGCUGCUGUACGGCACUGCGGAGGGGCUCGCGCUCGCCGCCGCCAACGGCAUCAUUCCUCCGCGCCAAAGCUACGAGGUGCUCGGACCGGUGAGCAACGACAGCAGCACAGACAACAUGCAGAAAUUCGAGCUCUUUCCGAAGACUUCUCAACCGCCCUCUACAAAGCCCGCGCCCGGCUCCGCUGAUUCCGACCCCCUGCCUGGCAUGUCCUCCCCGGACGCGCGCCACGGCUCCGGUUCAGAGAACGGUGACGGCGAGUCCUUCAUAAGCUCCCCAGCCGCCAAGGCCGCGAAGGACGGCGAGGACACGCCCCCUUCGGUCAGCCCGCUGGGGUCUGCCUCGGAUUCGGGCGCAUCCGACACGGACAAGGACGAGCCAGAGCCCUCCCCGGAGCCCUCGGCCGCCUCCGCGCGCCACAUGAACGCCAUCGACAUCCUGACGCGCGUCUUCCCCACGCACAAGCGCAGCGUGCUCGAGCUCGUGCUGCAAGGCUGCGGGAAAGACGUGGUGCAGGCCAUCGAGCAGAUCCUCAACAACGGCGGCCACCACGCCAGAGCCUCCGAGGAGCCGUGGGUGCAGGAAAGAGCUCUGAGCGGCGCGCAGGCGAACCUGCUCUCCGCCUCAACCACCACCACCACCUCCUCCGCCGCCGGGGGUCCCAGGCCGCUGCUGGCCGGAGCCAUGCAGCUCAGCAACCGCUCCGCCUUCUCUCCGCUGCAGCCCAACGGCGCCACGCACUUCGGCCCCGACGGGAGCGCUUACCCUCUCGGGGCACCGCUGGGCCUCAGCCCGCUGCGCCUCGCCUACUCAGCCCACAGCAGAGGCCUGGCCUUCAUGAGCCCUUACUCCAGCACAGGCCUCAUGCCCACACUGGGCUUCAGGCCGCCCAUGGACUACGCCUUCACUGACUUAAUCCGAGACAGGACUCUCUUACACAAGGAGCAGAGCUUCACGAAUGGACUGUAUGGGCCUCUGGUCAACAACACCCCAGAGAAACAGUGAGGGGGUGUGUGGGGGGGGUGCUGCUCCAGGCUACAGAAAUGAUCUGUGGGGAUAGGCCUGAUCUGUAGACCAUAAGAUGGGGUUUAUAGGCUGUAGACCUUAUGGAUAGUCUAUGGAACAAGCAUAUUAUGGGCAAUAGAGCUGAUCUGUAGACUGUAGUCUAAGGAACAGUUGAUCUGUAGGCUAUGGAACAGGCCUGUGGUCUAUAAAUCACAUCUGUAGGCAUGUACUACAAAAAAAGGAAAAUGCAUUGGCUUUUUACUUGAUUAUUUUGUAUAGAAAAAAACAAAUCAAAUCUAAUUGAACACUUAAAUAAGACUGUUUCAGAUACUGUAUUAAUACAGCCUUAUUUAUCUGUGCGGACAGAUUCACACAUCAUCAAGUAAAUCCAAUGCAUUUUACAGUAUAAGACAUUACAACCAACAGAAUGAAUAACCUAUCACAUCUGUAGGCAUGUACCACAAAAAAGCAAAUUAAAAAGUUAAAUGCAUUGACUUUUACUUGAUUAAAAUGUAGAGAAAUAAACAAAUCAAAUAUGAUUAAAUACUUGAAUGAGAAUUAGACAGUUUUGUUGCCUAGCCUUUUCUAUUUAAUAUGUGCGGACAGAUUCACACAUCAAGUAAAUUCAAUGCAUUCACAGUAUAAGACAAAUCAUCCAACAAAACGGAUUUAUAGGUUACAGAUACAGAAUAAGCCAUCUACAAAUCAUGCCUACAGUCUAACGUGUCUGUAGAUCUGUACCCCACAGAUCAGGUCUGUAAACCAUUAAAGUUCCUGUAAAGUGUUCUCCCACGUGAAGUUUCCUGUACAUAAAUAAAUUCUGCUUUAAUCUCGCCGGAGAAUAAAACACCAACACCGACAGACAGAGACUGACUCUACUCUUAAACAUGGUUACCAGUUAAAGUUGUGAUUUGCGCAAAGCUCCGCGCGCUGAGGAGACGAAGCUGUGUUUGCAGAGUAACCAGUAUUUUCAUGUAAAUUGUGUAUUUGAAAUUCUUCACAUGUUGGUCACAAUCCUGUUAGAACAUUUACAGAGCGGAUUAAAGUCUCCGUGUAAGGGUGCAAUUGAUAGAACCAUGUUCUCCAUCGUUUAAAAAAAGAAACAAGAGACUAUACUAACAUUAUUAUUAUUAUUAUUAUUAUUAUUAUUAUUAUUAUAAUUAUUAUUAUAAUUAUUCGAUCUUGAUCACGUUGUCCUUUUAGCAGAGACUCUGUAAAAACGUGCCAUGUUAAAGAACAAAGGCCGAGCUGAGCUGAGCUGAUGGUGAGGAAGAUCUGGACUUCUGGACUUUGGGAUUCUCUUUGUGCUGAUGAUGUUCCGAUCAAAUCAAAUCAAUUUGUUACAAACCUACUCCAUCUCACAUGGGUCACACACUGGUGUAACACACAUCUCUGUUCGUGGUGAAUGACAUCUCGCUUCACUGUUACUAGCUGUACAUUUCUCUAUGUGAAUUUUGAUAGAAAUAAAUGUUAUUUUAUACUGAA